UUCAUUUUCUUGCUUAAAGCCUGUCAAGAAAGUAGUGGUUCAUGGAGACAGAAAACGAGGAGGAACUCAGGCCUCCUGAAAGUUGCCAUGCAAUACAGUUACUAUUCAAAUCUAUUGAGGCAUCUGAAAAGUCUAAGCUAGAACAACUUAACAAGAUCAAAGAGAAUGAAUACCUGCGACGGAAUGAUCACCAUGCCCUUUGGGACAUCACUCAUGGGAAGGUGAAUAAUUACUCCUUUGGAACACGUCAAGCGAGGAAAAUCUUUCCUCACUACCAUCCCCCAACCUGGCUGGGGAACAUGUAUCUCCCUCUUAGGGGAAUGCCCCAUACAGGCCCUGGGUGUUAUGCAGCAGCAACAGAUUGGAAUGGUUUGGCAUAUAAUCUAUCGAAAGUCCCAACCAGUACAAAAGGCUAUGCUAUUGGAGCCAGAACAGCUGUGAGAUUUAAAUCAAUCAGCAAGGAUGUGACACCAUACCCAGGAAUGUAUCAGAAAGUUGAUACUUUGGGUGAAAAACACAUAAAAAGCUUUGCUCCAUUUAAUGUCUUGAUGCCUCGAUUUAAGAGUGAAGAAAAGUGUGAUUCUUACCCUGGCCCUGGCACAUACAAUCCAGAGAGGAAGUCAAUCCCAAAAGUUACAUGGCCAAUGAAAUUUGGAUCUCCAGACUGGUCUCAGGUCCCAUGUCUAGAGAAAAGGACUCUAAAGGCUGAGCUGUCCACAGACAAGGAUUUUAGAAAACAUCGGAACCGUGUGGCCUACUUUAGCCUGUAUUACAAAUGAGAAGUGGGCACUGUCUUCACGUUCUCUCCUGAUUGCAGUCUCCAGAAUUGAGGACAUAAUUGCUCUUGUAUUUCUGUGUUCCUGGGCCCUCUUGUCUGUUCAUUUGGUGUCCAGGGAGGGACAAGGGUCUCAUAGUCACCUUCCAAAUACAUAAAGGCUGGUCCAGAAUGUUC